CUCACUGUAUCCAUGACAAUAGAGCAACCAUCUUGUGGUUAAGCGUGUGGUUAAGCGUAUGGUUUUAUGUAAAAGAGAAAAACCCAUGGUAGCACUAAUGUGAGAGAGAAGAGGGAGAGAGAGAGAUACAAGGCUAUAGUGCAUCGUAAAACAGUAUGAUUGAGAGAGGAAACAGUCCUACCUAGCUGACACAGACUUCAUCGGACCAGCUUCAGGGACAAAUGAAGCCCCAUCAUACCAUAGCCUUCCUCACUCUCCAGCUCCUCUCCAUAGAGAUCCCAGAGGUGUUGGGUGUGGCUGAGACAAGGACGGCCAUUGAGGGUCAGUCCAUCAUUUUGACCUUACCUAGUGAGCAGAUUGAACCGCAAAGUCAGGUUGAAUGGAGAUACAGCCAACCCGGAAAAAAUAAGCUGCUGGCUUUAGUACAAUUAAACGAAGAUGGUGACCACAAGACAACCAUCUUUAACAACCGGACGAAGAUCCAGAAUAAUGGAUCUCUGAGUAUCCAGGGUCUCAGUCAGGGAGAUUCAGGGAAUUACACCUGCAGUGUGUUUUCCACAGGCAGAACCAUCCAGACAUACACUGUUACUCUGAAUGUGCUGAGGCUGGGGGAGAGGGAAUCACACCCACCUGUCAGUGUCAUCUCAGGUUCACAGAACGUGACUACAACCAACACUUCAUCUAGCAUCCCAGAUGUGUCAGUUGGGGGAGAUACAGGGGUAACACUGUGGAUUAUCAGCACAGCGGGUGGAUGCUCAGCAGUGUUUCUUAGUAGUGUGCUGGCUGUGGUUGCAUUUCAAUGGAGAAAGAGGCAAAGAUCCAGCACAGAUGAACCUAUCUACAGUAACACCGCCUACCUCAGACACAUGCACUGUCAUGUUAGGGACACCUGCCAAUCAUGUCAACACUCAUGAAGUUACUAGAGCAACGGCACCUUCUAGCGCAGGAAGGGGGAUGAGAGGAGAAAUGUCUUGAGUGAUAAGGAUGAGAGGGAAAGGAGAGGAAAAUAUGUAAAGAAAAUAAGAGCGGGUUGCAAUUCCAGCUUGAAGGUGGAGAGCAAGAACAGAUGAGAUCAGAGAUGCAUAAGAGGAACUUAAUUUAUGCUACUCACUGUUUUAAAAAGCCCAAAUUGAUAUACUUUGAAAUUAAUUAAAUGUCUGGUUUCAAUAAACAAUUAAACUGAA